GGGGGGUGUCGAGGCCUGUGCUCCGCGGGGCAGCGCCCGCCCGCCGGGGGUAGCGUCGCCACAGCCACCGGCAGAGCCGUGGCGGCGAGCGCAGGCCCCGGCAGCGGCGGCCGGCAGCAGCGCAGGGGUUAAGGGCGGCGGGCCGGGGGGGGCCGGGGGCGGGAGCAUGCGUGCUGCCGGCCUCUAUUGUCUCCGGCGCGGCGCCGAGCAUCCAGGCGGCUGGCGGCGGCCGGCAGCGAGGCCCUGCCCGGCCCCGGCGCAGCGCAGCGGAGCGGGGCGAGGCGCCCCCGCCGCCCCCCGCCGCCCCAUGGGCCGCAGCUGAUCGGCCGCCCGGUUGCCGGCCGCGCACCGGGCAGGAGAGAGGCGGGCGGAGCGACCCGGCCGGCGUCCUCCCCACCCCCGCUUCAUCCCGUUCUCCCCCCCUUCCCCCCCCGGAGCCCUCGGCGGGCCCCGCCGGGGGUAACGGCGGCGGCGGACUCGGGGCUCCCUCGCCCCUGCGGGCCCGGCGGGGGGAGGAUGCCUGGGGCGGGGAUGGGUUUUCGCCCGUAGCUCCUUCCCCCCCCCCCCCCUCCCCCCUAACCCCCCCUUCCCCGCUUCCUUCCGCCCCCUCUCGCCUCCCGGGGGCGGCGCGGCCCCGUUCCCCGCGGGGGGCUGUCGCUCGGCUCCCUCCGGCCCCGGCGGCGCCCAUAUGGGGGGCAAGCAGAGCACGGCGGCCCGUUCGCGGGGUGCCUUCCCGGGGGUGUCGACGGAUGACAGCGCCGUGCCGCCGCCGGGAGGAGGGGGGGGGGGGCCGCCCCCCUUCGGCCAUUACCGGGCGGGCGGCGGCGGCGGCGCCAUGGGGCUGCGCAGCCGCUCCGUCAGCUCGGUGGCCGGGAUGGGCAUGGACCCCGCCACCGCCGGCGCCGUCCCCUUCGGGCUGUACGCGGCGGCGGCCCGGGCGGCGGGGGAGGCCGAGAGGGCCCCGGGCGGCGGCGGUGGCGGCGGCGGUCCGGGCUCCGACUCCACGUACGCCCAUGGCAACGGUUACCAGGAGACGGGAGGCGGUCACCAUAGAGACGGGAUGCUGUACCUGGGCGCCAGGGCCUCGCUGGCCGAUGCGCUGCCCCUCCACAUCGCACCGCGGUGGUUCAGCUCGCACAGCGGUUUCAAGUGCCCCAUUUGCUCCAAAUCCGUGGCUUCUGACGAGAUGGAAAUGCACUUUAUCAUGUGUCUGAGCAAACCUCGCCUCUCCUACAACGAUGACGUGCUGACCAAGGAUGCCGGCGAGUGCGUGAUCUGCCUGGAGGAGCUGCUGCAGGGGGAUACGAUAGCCAGGCUGCCCUGCCUCUGCAUUUAUCACAAAAGCUGUAUAGACUCAUGGUUUGAAGUGAACAGAUCUUGCCCGGAGCAUCCUUCUGAUUGACCCGCCGGGCGUGCUUGCUGACUUCUCUCUAAGGGCACCUUGCUGUACCUGCUGUACCUCCUCUCCCCGUCCUCCCCGCCCCGCCUGGAGUUUUGGGCUGACUUUAAAUUCCUCGAGAAGACAAAAAUAAAACCCAGAAACUUGAAUCCACUUGGGACAACAGCGAAUUAUUUUUUUUUAAUUAUUAUUUUAUUAUUAUUAUUUGUUUUGUUGGUUUUUGGGGUUUUUUUGAGUUAGUUUGUUGUUUUUUUUUUUUUAAUUUAAAAACAAAGAAACAUCCAGGAGAAGACAGUGUGAGAAAAGCGGAGUGACCCGCUCUCCCCUCCGCAGCCGCUGGUCACCAGGAGAGCUCUGCCCACCAGGGAGACCCCAGGGACGCCCUCGGCCGAAACCCUGCCAUGAUGUUUGGCUUUUUCUCCCCGAAACGAAGGGGAAAGCUGCCGGGGGACAGCCGGCCAAACGGAGCACCCGGCAUUUCUCACCGGCAACCCCCCCACCUCCCACCUGGACUCGCCCGGGGGCUCUGCUCGGUUUUUUUGCACUGACUUAAAUGGGAAUUUUCUCCUCUCUCCCGUCUCCCUUUUGGAGAUCUUCGCCCCGGCCUCUGCAGCGUGAGAUGGGGACUCUGCCCCACGCCGGGAGCGGGGCCACUGCUCCCCCCUGCUGAGCCACGGCCGGGGGGGGGGUGGGGUGGUGGUGUCUGUCUUUCAAGUGUUUACAACGAGAAAAAAAAAAAAGAAAAAAAGGAAAAAAAAAAAGAAAAAAAAAAGGGAAAAAAGAAGAAAAAAAAAACAAAACGAAGAGAAAAGCUAGAAAAAAAAAAAAAAACGAAAAAAAUAAACAAAAAACCAACCAACCAACCAAACCACAACUGAAGCUUCGUGUUGACUGGCGUGUUCUUCGAUUUGAGCUUCCCUGCCCCGGUGAUGUUUACAGACUGGUCACUCUUUAACUCAGCUAUAACCACUCAGAGACUGGAGAGCCGCAGCAUCCCCGCCGCCCCCCCCUUCUCUGCCACCCCCCGCCGGGCUCCUCUUGCCAAAAUCGCCACCCCCCCCCCCUUUUUUUUUUUUUUCUUUCCGUCUCCUUGGAGUCCAACUCGUUGGAGGAGGGUGCAGGGGAAGGCCCCCCCCUCCAUGGCCACCCCGGCCGCGGGGGUGGCUUUGCCGGAGGUGCCAAGAUGGAGUUGUUUCAUGGCAGUGACACCCCCCCCUCCCCAGCCCAUCCCCGUCCCCUCCUGGCGCGGCGGGUGCAUUUUCGUUGGUGAGACCUCCCCUGCCGGUGGCCGUGCCCCUGCGGGAAACCUUUCUGUAUUUAUAUAUUAAAAAAAAAAAAACAAAAAAACAAAAAAAACCAAAACAAAAACAAAAACGGGGGAAAAAAAAACCAACCUUAAAAGAGUUCAGAGCUUGGGGGGAGCUUCCUUCAUUAGUCAAGGUGUUUUGAUAUGGUAUUAAAACAAUGUUCAAUAAAAUAUUCACUGUUAUUUUA